UUAAGAUUAACCCGUAAUAGGUUAUUAUGGUUCAAGAUAUAAAAACAAAGUUUUAGAUAUUCCGCAUUGAUUUUUAAUUGUUUCGGCAAAAUGAACACACGCACUUUUUUGUUUUUAGUGGUUUUUCUUAUUGUUGCACAGAGCGCUUUCUGUGCACCAAAAGAUAAAAGCCACAAAAGCAAAGGCAAAGGCAAAUAUAAAACUUGGGUUGACGAGAACCUAGUAGGACUUGAGGGCGGUAAAAACAAAGUCAUCAAAUAUAUACAGAAAAAUGACCCAGAUACCACAAGGGCAAUUAAAGAACUACUAGAACCAGUGAAAGACAAAUGUCCAGAGGUCGACAAGGUACCGCAACUCUUGAAGGACGUAUACGAAUGUGUGAAAAAUACUACAGUAGGAUCAGGCACUGUAUGUUCAACAAUUCAGAAAACUAUCGAAAAAUGUUACGGACCUUUAAUCGAUCUUGUUGGAAAAUGUUUGCCCAAAGAAUCCAAAGAAUUACCUUUAUUGGCUGAGAGGAUAAUCGUUGGCGGGUUAAAACAAGUCUGUACUUUUACUGUAGAAGAAUUUUUGGAACUAUUUGCUCCAUGUCAGGCUGAAAUGAACUGGGCAGAUGUUAGUUCGUGUAAUGAAGUCAGAGCUGCCGUAGAAGAGUUCGGGGAAAACUUGCCAUCUACACAAGUUAUUUGCUCAUUUUUGCCCAAAUUGAAAACGUGUGCUAACGACGUCCACAAAAGCUCAUGCAAAAAUCCCAUAACUCUAAGAUCUUUCGCUAGAGUUGAAGAGAGCGUAUUGAAAGAAAGUGAACCUGUUUGUCGAGGCAAAAAUUAAAUAUUUUAUAGAUUUCACAAGAAUUUUAAAUAAAAUAUGUUUUAAGUUA